AUGUACAAUCAGGAUCAACCGUUGUUCCUAGCAUGCGAUGCUAGUGAAAAAGGACUAGGAGCUUGUGUAUCUCAGCAUAACGCUGAGGGACAAGAGCAAGUAAUCGAGUAUGCUUCCAAGUCUCUAACGAAAGCUGAAGUGGGCUCUCCAGCUAUCGCAGUACAAGUACAAUAUCGAAGUUCAUCCAGUCAUGGAAACGCUGAUGCCUUGUCACGUCUUCCUAGAGGACAUGAUAAAACUUUCGAUCAAAUUAGACAACAAGACGAAGAAGCUGAGCAGUUUGUGGCCAGCCUAGAGACCCAAAAUGUUAACAAUGGACUCCUUGUUUACAAGCAGCUUCAGAAAUACGCUAGGAAAGAUGCCGUCUUACAAGAAAUCAUUAUUCAGGAAGGAUGGCCAGCAAAAUUAUCGAAUGCAAGCGUCAAACCGUAUUCUUCUUGCAAACAUCAACGUUCAGUUAUUGAUGGAUGCCUUUUGAAGCAUGGAGAUGAAACAACGCGCGUUGUCGUAUCAUCCGACAUUAGGCAAUUGCUUCUGCUACAGUUGCAUAGCGCUAAUGUGGGCUCCGCCCGCAUGAGGAAACUGGCUCGCCGAUAUAUCUGGUGGCCAGGUAUCGACCGUGAUAUUGAUAAAAUGGUAUGCAAUUGCGAUGCGUGUGCCUUACACAGAAAUAGUCUUCCAACUGUUCCUCUUCAUCCGUGGCCGUUCAAGAAUUUUAUGUGGCUCAUAAUUGUCGAUGCCCAUUCAAAAUGGCCAGAGGUUUUUAAAUUUCAAGUUGGAUCAAGCGGAACAAACAAAUCGUUUGUGGCGAAAGAGUUUAAAGAUUUCUGUAAUCAGCAAGGAAUCUUUCACAGUUUAACACCUCCUUACCACCCUAAAAGUAAUGGACAAGCAAAAAGAUUCAUUCAGUCGUUUAAGAGAGUAGUCCAAAAAGGAUUAGAAACACUAGGAGCGAAUCUGCAAGACGUUGUUACUGACUUUCUCAUGGUAUACAGGAGUACAGAACAUGACACUACUGGGGAGUCUCCAUCCAAACUUCUAUUAGGUAGGGAAAUUCAAUGUUCUCUCAAUAUGCUAGUGCCAGAAUUACCUGCCCAUCAAGAUCAGACUAAGCAGUUACUGAAACGCAAAGUUCAAGAGUGUCAAGAAAGACAAAAGAAAAGACAUGAUCGUACGUCUCAUGAAAGGAAACCCUUUCAAUUAGAAGAAGCUGUUUUUGUUAGUCAGCCAGAAAGUAAAGGAAAAGGUUUUUGGAAACCAGCAACAAUUCUCAAAGUUCUAGGACAAAGAUACUACAUGGUCAGGUUUCUCACAGGCACUACUAGAACAGUACACAUGAACCAUUAG